CAAGCCCUUGAGCCCCCAAGCGAGAAGAAGUUUGACUGACACGGAACUUAAAACUAAACAAAACGAACAUGCUUUCAACCAACCCAUUCAACCCGACUCAAGCCCUCACUUCGCCCGUGCGCACCUCUCUUUCUCUGCUCCGCUCACUCCCUUUCUCCCUCCACUACCACCGCCACCACCUCCUUCGUCUCCCCACCGCCAAACCCCGUUACUUAUCUCGCUCCUUUGCUGCCGCCUCUCCUCACAGUACUUUCGUCGAACACCUGUCGACCAGCGAAGAAACUUCAGAAGAAGACGACGCGUUGGGCUACUUCAAUGAAUCUAACGAUAUUCACAAUAAAUGGUCUUUGAAUUUUGAUGUUGGAAGUGAAAUGAGGCACUUGGGUGGGUCCGUUGUGGAGGUUAAGGAGCUGGAGGAGUUGCCUGAGCAGUGGAGAAGGGCCAAGUUGGCUUGGUUGUGUAAAGAACUGCCUGCUCAUAAAGCGGGGACGCUUGUUAGGAUUUUGAACGCUCAGAAGAAGUGGUUGAGGCAAGACGAUGCCACUUAUGUGGCUGUUCAUUGCAUGCGGAUUCGUGAGAAUGAAACUGGCUUCAGGGUGUACAAAUGGAUGAUGCAGCAACAUUGGUAUCAAUAUGAUUUCGCUCUUGCUACCAAGCUGGCAGAUUACAUGGGUAAGGAAAGAAAGUUUUCCAAGUGUAGGGAGAUAUUUGAUGACAUAAUUAAUCAAGGACGUGUGCCCUGUGAAUCCACAUUUCAUAUUUUGGUUGUUGCAUAUCUGAGUGCACCGGUUCAAGGUUCCUUGGAGGAAGCAUGCAGCAUCUAUAAUCGUAUGAUUCAACUGGGAGGUUACCAACCGCGUCUUAGUUUGCAUAAUUCUCUCUUCAGAGCUCUUGUGAGCAAACCUGGAGGCUUGUCAAAACAUUACCUUAAACAAGCUGAGUUUGUUUUUCACAAUCUGAACACAUCAGGACUUGAGAUACAGAAGUUUAUUUAUGGUGGAUUAAUUUGGCUACAUAGCUAUCAAGACACCAUAGAUAAAGAAAGGAUAGAAUCACUAAGGGAAGAAAUGCGGCAAGCAGGAAUUGAGGAAGGCAAGGAAGUGCUAUUGUCUGUCUUGAGAGUUUGCUCAAAGGAGGGGGAUGUGGAGGAAGCAGAAAGAAUUUGGGUCAAACUAGUUGAAUGUAACAUUGACAUCCCCACUCAAGCUUUUGUUUAUAAAAUGGAAGCUUAUGCGAAGGUUGGGGAGUUCAUGAAAUCUUUGGACAUAUUCAGAGAGAUGAAGGAGCAUCUAGGUUCUGCUAGUGUUCCAGCAUAUCAUAAAAUCAUAGAGGUGUUAUGCAAAGCUCAGGAAACAGAACUUGCAGAAUCCCUUAUGAAAGAGUUUGAACAGAGUGGUAUGAAGUCACUUAUGCCAUCUUACAUUGAUCUGACAAAUAUGUACCUCAACUUGGGCAUGCAUGACAGAUUAGACUUGACCUUCUCAGAGUGUCUUGAGAGAUGUCGACCUAAUCGAAGUAUUUACAACAUUUACUUGGAAUCUUUGGUGGAAGUUGGUAAUCUAGACAAAAGUGAGCAGAUUUUUAACCAAAUGCUUAAGGAUGAAAUGAUUGGUGUUAACGCUAGAUCAUGCAACACCAUUUUACGUGGAUACCUCUCUUCUGGAGAUUAUAAGAAGGGAGAAAAAAUAUAUGAUCUGAUGUGCCAGAAGAAGUAUGAUAUUGAGUCCACAUUGAUGGAAAAAAUUGACUAUGUGUUGAGCUUGACCAGGAAAGUUGUUAAGAAACCUGUAAGCAUAAAGUUGAAUAAAGAACAACGAGAGAUUUUAAUUGGUUUGCUUUUAGGUGGUUUGUGCAUUGAAUCAGAUGAAGGGAGGAAGAAUCACAUGAUCCGGUUUGAGUUCAAUGAGAAUUCUGGUGUGCAUUCAAUUUUGAGAAGACAUUUAUAUGACCAGUACCACGAGUGGUUACAUCCUUCUUGUAAGCUGAGUGAUGAUGGUCGUGAGGAUAUACCAUAUAGGUUUUCCAGUAUCACACACUCAUACUUUGGUUUUUACGCAGACCAGUUUCGGCCAAAAGGUCAGCCCAUGAUUCCCAAGCUAAUCCAUCGGUGGCUAUCCCCGCGUGUUUUGGCAUACUGGUAUAUGUAUGGGGGACACAGAACAUCAGUAGGGGAUAUCAUAUUAAAGCUGAAGGGAAACAGCGAGGGUGUUGAGAAGGUUGUCAGAGCUUUGAAAUCUCAAUCUCUUGAUUGCAGAGUAAAGAAGAAAGGGAAAGUGUUUUGGAUAGGUUUCAUGGGAAGCAAUUCUUCAUGGUUUUGGAAACUAAUAGAACCUUAUGUUUUGGAUGACUUGAAAGAAGGUGUCCUUCUCAAAGCAGGCGAUGAUACCUCAGUUUAUAGUGGAUCUGAUUCUGAUGGUAGUGUUUCCGAUCACAGUGAUGAAGAAAAUUUGUAGAGCUUGUAUUCUAUGUAUUUUGUAUUUUUUUUUGAAUUUAUAUUAAAAUUAUCGAAAAAAU